AUGACAUUAAAGAAGCUAUUGACUGAAGAUCAAUGGCACAGCGUGAUCCACACGACAGCAGGACUUGGCGCUGGUGCUAUCUCCACGAUAUUGUUAUAUCCGCUAGAUUUGGUAAAGGUGCGCUAUCAAGUGCAUGAGAAGUCUGCGCACGCCUACCGCUCACUUGGCCACGCCUUUCGCUCCAUUGUGGCGGAAGAGAGUGUACGUGCAUUGUUUCGUGGAAUGAGUCCAGCAUUGUACGGUGCGACGUUGUCGUGGGGAAUCUACAUGCUCGUAUAUCAAAAUGCAAAGGAACGUUAUGCUCGCAUGGCAGAUGACGGAUGGAUCCAGGGAUCGUGGCAGCACUUUUUUUCGGGCAUUGAGGCUGGAAUGAUUUGCGUGCCUUUGACGAAUCCAAUUUGGCUUAUCAAGAUUCGUAUGCAAGUGCAAAGUAAUAAACGAAUGCAAGCUAAUGCCGCUGGGAAAGAUGCAGCGAAGAAGCUGGCGGAGAAUGCACCUUAUAGAAAUGUAACAGAUGCAUUCCGACGAAUUGUAGCUGCAGAAGGUGUUUCAGCUUUGUACAAGGGCAUGAUCCCUGCGCUGUUUCUUACGACAAAUGGUGCGAUCAAAUUUGUCGCCUACGAGCGGCUGAAGGGUCUGUACUUGACGCAUUGGAGUCCAGAGUUAGACAUGGUUCCAACAUUGGUGAUGGGCGCUGUGGCGCAGUCGAUUGCAUCAACUGCUACAUACCCGUACCAGGUGAUUAAAGCUCGUUUACAGCAGGGAGGGCCUUCCGCAGACAAAUAUACCGGGACAUGGGACUGUACAAUGAAGAUUAUCCGACACGAAGGCUACCUUGGUUUGUUUAAGGGCUUGUCGGCGAAUAUUCUCAAGGUCAUGCCUAAUGGUGCUAUCAUUUUUGCUGCUUAUGAGCAGAUUCAAAGUGCCAUGAAGGUUAUGCUGCUGGAUGAGUAG